AUGUCGCCUCGUCACGAGUGGACUUUACCCUGGGCUGUUAUGAGUGCGUCUCGGCCAGUGGAGAUCCCAUCGCCUCCCGUUCACGACUCGGAUCGCCCGCGAGCCACGGACCGUCAGGUUGCGUACAUUGGUGAAGGGCUCAACGACCCGAAUGGGCUCGAGAUCGGCGAUAUCGACAUCGACGAGUCUCCGCGGGACAGGCGGACGGUGCUGGACUCGCUGGCAAUCGACGUGGGUGAGAAAUAUCUGGACGAUAUCUACAGAGAGAACGGCAAUGGCGGCGUCAACCCAGCCGGUGGCAGUGCUGAUGAACCUCGAGAGGAACCCCAUACGAAUCCGUAUCCGCCCAUGGUGAUGCCCGUUGAGCGCCGCACGGAUAAGGAGUUGGCGUGGUUGAAAGUGCGGCAGCUGCUGAUCGAGGAGGAGGAGCCCGAAGAACUCUCAAAGGUGAAGAAAGCUCCGUGCAACACCGUGAAGCUGCUGGACUCCUUGGCGCAGUCGACAGCUCAGCACUUCUCGUAUACUAGUGGUGGCCCUUCCGAGGCGGAAGUGAACAACCCCCCGCCGCAGACUUUCGUCGAUCGAAUGGGCAGCAAAUUCUCCCAGUUCAUGCGAGGGGGGAACGCUUCGUCUUCGGACGACGAGAGCAGCAACUCGACCAAGUCGUGGCGUUCUAAUCACUCCGGGUCGUACAGCGAGUCUGUCGCCCCUGGCGGGUCUUCAUCAUCGAACUGGACGCUACUGGCCGCGCUGGAGCAGGUGACCAAGACGUGCCAGCGGAUGGAGCUCUCUGACGCGUCCAUGGCUCGGAUUUCGUCCCAUUUGGCCAUGAUCGACCAAAUCGCUCGUGAAGACACAGGCGCGCCGGUGAAGCCAGGAUCUCGUCGCCUCUCAGUCACGCAGUACUCGAACGAGUCGAGUGAGUACGAGAAGGAGUUCCGUGACGUGCCAAACCCGCUGGCUAACGUGCAGGUGAAGGUCGCUCCAAGCGUCCACAACUCCUUCAAGGCCUUCACAUCGGCCCAAGACCUCAACGACACCAUGGCAGCUUUCGACAACUUGAUGGCGGACUGCGGCCUCAACGGCGUCAAGGGGAGACCGGCGGUGGGCAAGCGCGUGUGUAUUGUCGGUGCUGGUCCCGUUGGACUGCGUGCGGCGGUGGAGUUGGCGCUGCUUGGAAGCCACGUGACCGUGCUGGAGAAGCGGAAGCGAUUUAGUCGGGAGAACAUGCUGCACUUGUGGCCGUGGGUGGUGCAGGACCUGGCGUCGUUGGGAGCGAAGGUCCUGUUUCGACACUUCUGCAGGUCUAAGACGUACUUCCACGUGAGCACUCGUCAGCUACAGGUGAUUCUACUCAAGGUGGCGCUGCUGGUGGGUGUCCAGAUCCACACAUCGACGGACUUUGAGAAAAUUCUACCUCCUCAAGCGGACGUAGGCGGCCUACCGUUCUACACCGUCAAGACCUCGCCUCAGAUCCCGAUGGAGGAGUGCACCGCAAUUCUAGGCGCCACCGGAGUGAACGACCAACUGGCCGAGCCUGCAGGCAUCAACCGCUUUGUUUUCUGUCGCAAUGAGAGUCUGGGCAUCGUAUGCUACUUCCCCAACCUGGAGACGCCCGACGAGAUGAAGGUCAAGGAGUUCUCGUGGACGACGCAGCUCAAGCACCAGAUGCUCAACAAACUGCGCGAGGUGGGCAUCGAUCUCGAGAACAUCGUGUACUUCCGAGGCGAGAUGCACUACCUGAAAAACUACCCGGACUCCAAUGAUCUGGUGAGGAAGGAGAACAUCAACCAGAUCGCUCUUCACGGGUUCGUCAACGCCAUUAUCAGGUACGCUGGCGUCCCGAGGAGGGCGGACUUUGAACGGAUCAGUCUCUUCGACUUCAGCUCGCUCACUCGCGCUGAUAAGGCCGCCAGCGUUCUCACGUCGCAGGGCAAGAAACUCUACGUUGGUCUCAUUGGGGACUCGCUGCUGGAGCCUGCGUGGCACGAAGGAGUGGGCACUUGCCGCGGAUUCCUGGGUGCGCUGGAUGCCGUGUGGAUGCUCGCACAGAUCGGGAAGAAGGACGACAAGCAGCUUCUGGCCGACCGCCAGUUGGCCUACGAAGUGAUGCAGCGCCUGUCGGGCCACCACCGCGAUGAAAUGCAGAAGAAUGUGCGCAAGUACACAGUAGAUCCGAGGUCGCGCUACACGGUCGACUUUUCUCGCGUUGCUUAG